GAGGAUGACAGUCACAGGAAGACGAGCCUCAAGCUGACCGAGGUGGGAGUGAGGCCAGGCAGCCCCCCAUCUCCCCGACGAGACCCUAUCCUCACCUUGCAACACCGCAUCUUUGAACAAACCUGUGCUUUCUUUUUUUUACAUUUCAAAUAAAUUAUUUAAAUUAUUUCAUAGCAAGGGAGAGGGAUAAGUAAUUUUUAUGCUAUUUUUAAGGCAUCUAUUUUUUUAAUACCAUUUUUGUGUAUGUCCUUGCGCCUGUCCAAGUGGAAAUACCCAGCAUUCAGCCCCCUCGUCCCCUUUCCCCUCCUUGCGCUGGCACCUGUCCUAGCUCUGUACCGUGGCGCCCCCUAUCUGUUGCCUCAGGAACUGUCCAAGCAUGAAGUCCACCCCCCACCCCCGCUGGGAGAUAAACUGCCUACAAAUUGUGCUUCCUGGAACAAAACUUGAGAUUGUGUCCCAGCAGGAAACAGGAAGUCAGAAACUGAUCUUUUCAUAGGAUACCGUGCCUGAAACUGUUUGGAUGAUUGUUUUAAUGUUUCUGAAAUCCCUUAUACCUUUGUAAAAAAAAAAUAAUAAUAAAAGAAAUGAAAGUAAAUAGAGGUUGAAUUGUGCAAUGGAAAGAAUAGCAAAAUAAUAAACAUCUUGCUAGACGUUUCAAUACAUGAAGCUUUCCUUGUGUUGCACAAAUGUGUGCACCUGUUGUUGUGAGCCACACCCGUAGGCUGGAACAGGUAGGGGAGAGAGGGACCCGGUCUUCCACAGCGUAUUCAAAGUUAGGAGACUGGGGGAAGACCAGGGGCAGAAGUGCAUAGUGCUUUACGGAGCAUAUAAGACUUUCUGGAGGAGGUGGCAGGCCAAAAUCCUAUGGCCCUGAGUAGGGCAAAGGACACUUGGGGUAUGGAAGAGCGUCCAGCCACAGGUUUCGAUUUCCCGGGCCAGAGCCCCACCCCGCCUGGCGGAAGUACCCGGGACUCGGACGCACGCAUGGCGGCCAGCGCGGCGCCCAGCGGGACCCAUGGUGGGCAGGACCCAGGAGAGCUUGAGGGGGCGUGCGGCUGGCGCUGCCCGGAGCACAGCGACCGCGUGGUCGAGCUCUUCUGCCGCCGCUGCCGCCGCUGCGUGUGCGCGCUGUGCCCGGUGCUGGGCGCGCACCGCGGCCACCCCGUGGGCCUGGCGCGGGAGGAGGCGGCGCACGUGCAGAAACUCAGCCGGGACUGUUUAAAGCAAUUGGCAACCAAGAGACAGCAGCAGGCUGCUAAUGUGGCCCACAUAGAGGACUCAGCAGCGAAGCUUCAGGCUCAUGCAGAGUCGAGUAAAACUUGGCUGACGGGGAAAUUCGCUGAACUCCGAUUACUGCUUGAAGAGGAGGAGGCUCUGGCCAAGAAGUUCAUUGACAAAAACACACAGCUGGCUCUGCAGGUGUAUCGGGAGCAUGUCGAGUCUUGUGAGGAGCACAUUGAUGUCCUGAACAAGCUCUCCAACAGGGUCUGGGGCAUCAGCCAGGAGUCCAAUCCUGUGCAGCUGCUGCAGGCAUAUUCAGCCAUGGAGCAGGAGCUGCAGCGGCACAUGAGCCUCGGGGAGCUGAGCUACCCAGUGCCCUUGUCCUUCGAGCCCAUCAAGAACCUGUUUAGGGGUCUGGCCGAAGCCCUGCACAGCACCUUACAGACACCGCUGGAUGUGCGCCUGAAGGAGAAUAUGAACUGCCAGCUCUCCGGCCCUUCCUGCCCCAAGCCAGGUGCCUUGUUGAAAACAAGCCCUUCUCCAGAGAGAUCUCUGUUCUUAAAAUAUGCACGCACGCCUACGCUCGACCCGGACACGAUGCACGCCCGCCUGCGCCUCUCGGCCGACCACCUGACGGUGAGCUGCGCCCUGCUGGGCCGCCUGGGCCUGGCGCCCGCUACGCGCUUCGACGAGCUCUGGCAGGUGCUGGCCCGCGACUGCUUCGCCGCCGGCCGCCACUACUGGGAGGUGGACGUGCAGGAGGCGGGCGCCGGCUGGUGGGUCGGAGCGGCCUACGGCUCCCUGCGGCGCCGCGGAGCCUCGGCCGCUGCCCGCCUGGGCUGCAACCGCCAGUCGUGGUGCCUGAAGCGCUACGACCUCGAGUACUGGGCCUUCCACGACGGCCAGCGUAGCCGCCUGCGGCUCCGCCACGACCCCGACCGCGUGGGCAUCUUCCUGGACUGAGGCAUGAACCACCUGCACACCUUCCGCACCACCUUCCAGGAGCCACUCUACCCUGCGCUGCGGCUCUGGGAAGGGGUCCUGAGCAUCCCCCGGCUACCCUGAAGGGGCGGAGACCGCAGCCAUGCCCCCGCCCCGUCUAGGCCCUCUCCAUGGCCAGGGCCUGUCUAGUGUUUUGAAUGGUUUUUCUCCUAGGCUAAUUUGAAGCCGUAAACAAUGGUGGAAGUGGUGUUCCCUUAGUUAAAGUUUCUGAAAGGUACAUACCCUCAGGCGAGUCCUCUCUGCCUUGGCACAUGCCCCCUACUCCGCUGGCCCAUAGUAGGCACUCCGUGGAGAUCUGUGGGUAAGUAAUCACCCCUCUCCCAGAUCUUGUGGUCCUUAAGGUUCCUAGAAGCUGCUAGAUCCUCCCUGCCUCCCCAUCCCUGCACGAGCCUCCUAACACUUCAUCUUCUCCCAUCUUCAUCUUCCACCCAAAAACCAGGGUGAUUGG